AUGUUUGGCGUAACCUUCGCCAUUCCCAUGCCACAAGGCAAUCCGUCCACUCGCGACGCAGAUGAUCUUGUCCAUAACUCGUGGUCGGCAAGAGCAAUCGUUUCUAGAGAAGCAGAUGCAGACGACCUUGUCCACAAUUCCUGGUCUGCGAGAGCUCUUGCUUCCCGACAACCAGAAGCCGAUGCGGAUGACCUUGUACAUAACUCUUGGUCUGCGAGAGCUGUAGCAUCAAGGGAGGCAGACGCUGAUGACCUUGUGCACAAUAGCUGGUCCGCAAAGGCUUAG